AUGUUGGCAGAUCUCACAGCGAGCACGCAUGACGCGGAUCAUGCAGCUCAUUUGUUGCGACACGCCGGGCUGGUAGUUUUUGAUAAGCAGGAUGAUGCACUUGACCGUGAUUUGUUGUGUACAUGGUUGGCCGACUUUCGCAAGUAUUUCGCACUCAUUCAACAUGAGCUCGGCUGUCAAGGGAUUGAGGCGCAGAAGCCGUUCAUGUUCAAUGAGGUUUGCAGUCGUCUUUCUGAACGCUACGAUGUACGCUUUGUGCAAGGCAAGGGCCAAUACAGCUUGGAAACCAUGCCCUGGAAGCAGCUUAUCUACGACGUGCUUGGCGUUUCGAGCAAGGAGCUUUGGCAUGGUGUGGUGCUGAGCAGACCCGGGGCUCCGGCACAGUCAUGGCACCGGGACUCUGGGCACCUUUUCGACCAGAUGCUCCCCGCCCAUGCUGUCACGAUUUUUGUUCCGCUGGUGGAGAUCACGCCGCAGAUGGGACGAACCAGCUUCAUCCCCCAGACCCACCUGGAUAAACAGGCCUCAGACAAAAAGCCUCACGUGACUCCCGCUAUUCCGCUUGGCUCAUGGCUUGCAUUCGACAGUCGCAUUGUCCACAGAGGUGAAGCAAAUUUUGGCAAAGAAGACCGACCGCUGCUCUAUUUUGUUUACAGCAAGGAAUGGUUCCGAGAUGUUAACAACUUCCCGUCUGACAAGCCCUUGUUUCGCACUUAG